AUGUCAGCUUCCAGCAUUCAAAACUUCAGCUCACUUCCUGGUCAUAUCCAAGACUUCCUGUACUAUCAACACUGUCGACAUUUUCCCUUGCUCCUAGACCUUCCAGACAAAUGUGGAGGAGCUGAUCGAUCCUCUGAAGUCUUCCUUCUGCUGGUCAUCAAAAGUUCCCCAGAAAACCACGAACGCCGAGAAAUGCUUCGCAAGACCUGGGCCAAAGAGAGGUUACAGAACGGAGUGUGGAUUAGACGACUCUUCAUCACAGGAACUACAGGCUCUGGUUUUAGGGAAAAAAGACUGAACAAAGUUGUUGAGCUGGAGCACAGUCAGUACAAAGACAUACUUCAAUGGGACUUUGCCGACACGUUCUUCAACCUCACAUUGAAGCAGGUAGUCUUCCUGAAGUGGUUUGAAAGAAACUGUCCAAAAGCCCGUUUCCUGUUAAAUGGUGACGAUGAUGUUUUUGUGAACACAAACAAUGUGGUCAAGUAUCUCCAAAAUCUUGAGGACAAUGAUGGAAGCAAGCACCUCUUUACUGGCCAUCUGAUCCAGUAUGUAGGGCCUGUUAGAGAAUCAUGGAACAAGUAUUUUGUCCCAGUUCAGGUGCAGGUGUCAGACCAGUAUCCUCCCUACUGUGGUGGUGGGGGCUUCAUACUGUCUGGUUACACUGCUUCAGUCAUAUACAACAUGUCCAAGUCCAUCCCUCUUCUUCCCAUUGAUGAUGUUUACAUGGGCAUGUGUCAGGCCAAAGCAGGACUUAGUCCUAGUUCGCACAUUGGUGUGAGGACUGCAGGAAUGUACAUUCCCUCCAGUGGUGUUGAUGAUCAUGAUCCUUGCUUCUAUAAUGAAAUUCUUCUUGUUCACAGAUUUUUUUGCUGCGGAUUUGUUUCUUAUGUGGCACAGAAUAA